AUGAAUUCAAAAUUGGAUCGUUACUCUCUUAUGAUAGUUUCCAAGUAUUUUAAAACGAUGAACGACUUCAUUAACAUGGUGCAUGUAUGUAAAAAGUACGGUGAAAUUCCCUCCAUGUUUCAUUACAAUCCAAUACCUUUAAAAAACAAAAAGAAGUUUUUUCCCAACAUAGAGACUCUAUAUUUAUACAACAAGUCCGAUAAGAAAAUUCCAGGAUAUUUUAAGUACUUCUACGACUACAAAGUUUCUUAUCAACAAUUUUUGUCGUUUCAAACUGAAGACACUGUCUUCAAUAAAGUUAUAUUUGAUGGUAGAGAUUGGGAGAGAUAUCAUUCUUUCAAAGGUGCCACUCAAUUUUCGUGUCGGUGUUUUAACUCGAGAACGGCGUACUUGCCGCGCUCCCUCGACACGACUGGCGUCACCAAAUUUGAAGAGCUGUGUUUUAUUGGCAAUGCAAAGCUCGAAGAAAUCAUUUUAGACAGCCGGUUGACUCACCUCCCCCUCAUGUGUUUUCAGAUGUGCACCAAUUUGAAGGCAAUUGACCUCAGAAAUGUCAAACACGUUGCAAACAACUGUUUUGAGAGAUGUUUGAGUCUUACUGCAUUGACCUUUGGUGAAGAGUUAUUAUCAGUUGGGAGAUCCUCAUUUUACAAGUGCACAAACAUCAUUAAUGUGACGACUUUUGGUCUCACAAAAUUGGAUACAUUAAUCAAUUUAUCAUCAUCUAAAGCAUUUGCCGGUAUUAAACACGACAUUUUAGUUUCCGCAGAAGACGUCCAAAAAUACGGCAAAGAUAAAGCACGAGAAAUAUUGACACUUCCUAUUGAUGAAAUUGAUUAUGACGCAUUUUCAAAUACAACUGACAUUGAAGACUCUCAAAUUCCAAGAAGUGUCACUAAAAUAGGAAAUCGGGCAUUUUCAAAUUGUGGCAUUAAAAAUCUUGAUCUGACAAAUGUGACACAAAUUGGGUGUUAUGGCAAUUUAGAUAGUGUGACUGCAGUGACUUUAAAUAGAAAAAUGCAAUUCAAACACUUCCAAUACCUUCACAAUUUAUCAAAAAUAGAAUUCGGUAAUAGUUAUAGAAAUAAGACUUUUAAUUUGAAGGCAGCGUGUUAUAUGAAAAGUAUACUUGAUGCUAAUAACAUUAUAUAUGAACAGGGAUUUGUUUUUACUAAAGCAGAUGUGACUCAUUUUGGUGGAAAAGUGCCUUCGUAUUGUAGUCGAAUUGGAGGACAAGCGUUUCACAAAGCAGACAUUACGUCCAUUGAAAUACCAAAAGGUGUGACGAAAAUAUCGGAUCCAAUAAAACAGUGUGACUCCCUUGAAAUAAUUGAGACGGAAACUUUUUUAAAAUGUUUUGAUUUGUUUGUCGAAAAUUGCCAAAAGCUCAGAGAACUCGCGUGGAGAGGAAAAGGAAAAGUUUGUAUACAAAAUUGUCCAAAUUUGACUGCAGUGACAUUUACUGAAAUACCAAAGCAAUUUGUGUCGUCAAUCGAUUUUUCAUACUGCAAAAAGUUGAAGGAAAUGGUUAUAGAAAAAAUGCCACAAAACGGUGUGUUCAAGGAAAGAGUCUCUUCGUACGUCUUUGAUUUGUUGAAAGACAAAUCCAAGUUUGUGAAUGUCGUCUUUGAUAAUGUCGAUGAAAAUGAUGUGCCAGUCUAUAUGGUGCCUGAUGGUAUUAAUAUUAUACCUAAAGGCACUUUUCAGAAUAGAAAGAAUCUUCAAAGGGUUGUGAUGCCAACAUCACUCAAAAAAAUCGAAAGAGGCGCGUUUUGCGGGUGUGAAAAUUUGAUGGAGGUUGUUGGAAUGAAUAAAGAAGUGCACAUUGAGAAUCACGCAUUUGAGAAAUGCCCAUUUUUGAAGAGUAAGUUGCUUAAAUGA